AUGUACUACUUUGUUGGCGCUGGUGGCCUGGGUGUUCUCGACAGAUUAAGAAAACUAUUUGGCAACAGGCGACGCCGACGACAUGUUGGAGAAAGAGUCCUGAAUGACACUCUGAACGGAAUCUAUCGAACCGAUGAUGGUGCGGGAGAUUUCAGUGCAUCGGAUGAGGAAAUGGGAAGGCACACUGGCAAUCACAGGAUGCCUGCCUAUAAAGCUGCCAUGCUUAGGGUCUGUCAAUUGCAGUUGAAAAUUUGCUCGAAACUAAUUGAACUGGCAAGUCCGUCAUCUCCACAACCAUCGCCACCUCCAGCAGUAGCAGUACCAGGCCGUAGUAGGCCAUCGACACUGAAAAGGCUUGCAGGACGGUACAUUUUGCGUCAUUCGGUAACUGGUCCAAAUGGCCUGGCACGGAUUUUUCGUCACGAAGCACAGUUUAGUGAUGAAGAUGAUGAUAGCGAAGCACAUUACCAACAAGUUCUUCCUGAUGAAUUGAUC